AUGUUGAAGUUUAUUGCCAUUGUUGUCAUAUCGCUCGCCGUAGUAUCGGCUCAGAAUCACCACAGUGAACCAGAGCGAGGGAGUAACCAGGAAGGGGUACACAAGGACUAUUACACGUAUCCUAAGUACACGUUCGAAUACGGCGUCAAGGAUCCUCACACCGGAGAUCACAAAAGCCAGUGGGAAACCCGCGAUGGUGAUGCUGUUAAGGGCGGUUACACUGUGCAUGAAGCUGACGGCUCUGAGCGUGUGGUUGAGUACACAUCCGAUAAGCAGAAUGGUUUCCAGGCCCACGUUAAGAUGAUCGGUGGUGCGGAUCAUCCGCAAGCGCGAGGGGAUUAA